UCACGUUGCAAUCGCACCAGAAACUAUGUUUCAGCCACCACUAAAAUAUUUCCUUGUCUAAAAUUUUUAGAUUUCUACUAACUACAAUGGCAAACGAAGCAGAACCCCAACAAAAAAUAAUUAUUACUGAUUCUUCGAAAAUGUAUGAAGAUAUGUCACCUUACUACUUGAGGGAAACGUUUUCCGACAUUCAACUAAUCCUACCCGAUAAAACAAUUCAUGCGCACAAAAUUGUGCUCGCUGCUAGAUGCAAAUAUUUUGAGUCUCUUUUAAUGAAAGACCCAAAACAAGUUGAGAUUACUUUACGGAAUGUGCCGUCAAAAGCUUUUGAAACAAUACUGUAUUACAUUUAUACAGGAUCCAUUGUCAUCGCAUCGGAAGACGAAAAUGAUAUAUCCGAUAUAUUGCAGCUAGCACACGAAUAUUCAUUAAAAACACUGGAAAAGAGUAUAAACGAAAAAAUGAAUUCCAUUGUGAAUUUGUCAAAUGUUUGUUCCCUUCUAAACAAAGCCAACGCACAUGACAUGGAUGAGUUAAGACAAAUAUGUCAUACUUUUAUUGAUGAACAUGUUUCGCAAACGUUAGAAUAUGAUUUUUUCAAUGUUUUCACACAAAAAUCUAUCAUUAACUUGUUGAAAAGGGAUGCUUUCCCUGUUGAAGAAAUUAAUGUCUUUAAGAUAGUGUACAACUGGUGCAAAAUUAACAAAGACUUAAACAAGUUGGUUAUUGAAUGUAUUCGGAUAUCUACGUUAACGCGAAACGAAAUUUUAACUGUUGUUUGGCCGUCUAAAAUAGUUGAUGAAGCAAAACUGUUGAAUGCUCUUGCAGCGAUUGAGGUUAACGGUCCGAAAGCAACACAGCGACGUUAUGCUGGACGGUUGAAAGAUAAAAAUCUUGCUACAGCAGAUAAUGUUAAAGUAAUUUCUGGAUUAAAUACCGCAAUGUUUUUUGAAGAAACUGAAAAGUAUGAAGAAGGUGCUUAUCACAAUGAGGACGAUAAAAACGGUAUUACUGUAGAUCUUGGUGCCGUAAAAUGCUUCAAUUACAUAACAAUGUAUGUAAUUAUUAAAAAUUACUUCUCCCCUUACUACAUAGAAGUUUCAACAGACCUUCAAAAGUGGCAUAAUGUUAUAGAUUACAGCCAAUACUAUUGUGCGUACAUUCAAAACUUAUAUUUUGAAGAACAACAGGCUAGGUAUAUUAGGAUAGUCUUAAAGACCCAUGAAACCAGAAUUUGUAGAUUUCAAGUUUACAUGAGCAGUAAGGUUCCUAAAAUACAUAACCAAGUUGUUUGCUCUUUUUCAAACAUCAUAACUUCCAAAAUCUACAUAAAUUCAUGGGGGACGUCUGAUUCAUUUAGAACGUAUCUGUAUUUAAAUCAGCCAUACAUGAUUUCACAGAUAAAGGUUAGGUUGCAAUUUUACAAAUCUAUAUCUAGUAUAGAAACUUCCUGCCACAACUCGCCCUGGAAAAGAGUUGAACUUCCAAUAAACGAAAACGUACUUCUCCGUUUUAACGAAAGAGUAGUCAAUUUGAUUGAAAUUACUGGUCAACUUUCUCCUAAUAAGACAAAGGACCACGUCAAACAGUUUUUGGAAGAUUUUGAAUGUUUCUAAUUGCAAUACGAACAAAAUAUGUAAACUUCUCUAGUAAAUUUGUUGCCAUCCCAA